AUGGCUAAACAUAUUGCGAUUAUAGGUGCAGGGAUCUCAGGCUUAACAGCAAUAAAACAAUGUUUAGAUAAUGAUUUGAUUCCAAUUUGUUUUGAACAAAAUUCUUUUAUCGGUGGAAUAUGGAAAUAUGAAGAUGUUUGUGAAAAAAACAAUGAUGCUUAUUCUUCAAUUUAUAAAAAUGUUAUAACCAAUACAUCUAAGGAAAUGACGACAUAUUCUAAUUUUCCAAUUCCAGCACUGGCCAACUUAUCUAAAACGUUCUCUAGUAGAAAG